UGCAACGGGCUCUUUAAAUUCGAAUGUAGCAACGCUGCAUGGUAACGCUUCAGUUCGGGUUCAGGUAGUUUAUGGGAGUCACGACAUCUCCACAUUUAUAGUCACCUUAAGGCUCGUAAGGUUGCAAUGUCUAGCGUUCAGCUUUCUAUUAGCGGUUUAGGGGCUUCGAGAGGUAGCGCUCCUCAGCACGUCCGCAGGAGCGUGUGCCGAAGUCUUUUCGGACCGGUCGAUCACGACGAGCUGAACCGGGACAUCGAGGCAAAGCUGCGCGAAAUCUCCGAGCGGGAUCAGAAACGGUGGAAUUUUAACUUCGUCUCUGAUACACCGCUGCUCGGCGACUACGAGUGGGAGGGAGCCGCGGUGGAGGCGACGCCUGCGUUUUACCAGGAGUCGGUGCAAGUAGGGAAAAGGAGGGCUGUUGGUCUGUACGUUAAGCCACAUGUAGAGGCUCCUAACCGGGAGAACUCUGCUCGGGACGACGCUGCAAGCGGGACUGUGUCUCCUGAGUGGACGAGCACAGGAAAGAGGAAAACAAGCGCACGGUCCACUAAAACAACUCAUAUUACAGAUUUUUUCUUCAAACGAAGGAAGCAAGGAGAUCUCAAACGGCGUGAGCGCGUGCCUCCAAAACUCAACUCCCUCUCUUCUGAGCAAACGCCACGGAAACGACUCCGAUGAAGGAUUUUGCAGCAAUGAAAGGGCUCAGGGUGAACAGAAGCCUGUGUGAAGGAACGCGGCCCUCAUGGAAAAACCAUGAUGAUGGGCCAGAGGGCUAGAAGCUCAAACGCCGUCUCUGCUCCUCGUCUGGACCUUCAUCUUGUACAGUUUGUGUUGUGUGGAGGAUCAAGAGAACUGCUAAAGAAGGAGCUUGAUGAUGAGCCAGACAUGGCUUCCUUUUUCAGGCUUUAACACAAGAACCUGCUGAAGAAUGUGCACAAACAUAUAUGUAGCAAAAAUAUUUAUGCAACUGUGACACAAGUCUGAUCUUGAUUGGAUGUUAUUUUGUGUCUUUGACUUGUGUUAAUACUGUUUGCCUGGGGGUCUUUCCAUGCAAUCCAGCUGUGGACUGAUGGAGACUCUUGGCACUUUUUUUUUUUUUGGCUCAUCCUGACUAUCGUAAUUUGCUCUAACUUUACACUGGUGUUGUCUCACAGCUGAUUUUCUAAAUUAUGAGCAUGAGCACCAAGACUGCCUGCUAGCAUGCCCAACUCUGUGUUUAGAUGUAUAAUUUUAUUAAACAGCUGUGAUUUUUCUUGCCAGAUGUUGAUUAUGUAUGCUUAAGUGCACAGUUCAUGGCGAUGUUUGAACUGCUUGACCAAGGCUUCAUCGUGGUCAUGGCAGUGGGACAAUCGUGUAAAUAUGUUAAAGCUUUAAUGAUUGAGACAACAAGCCUUUGUGUUGACUCUUUUGGUGUAAAUAUAGACAUAAAUAUCAUAAUGUACCUUGUCUUUAUUUAUGUUUCAUGGUAGACUUUUGUAGCCUUGCUUUUACGUUGUAGUGUUUUCCCUAAAAAUGGGAUCUGUCUUGUUUCUGAGCCAUUUUGUCACUUCACUGUCCUGAAAUGUUUCAUAUUUUGUUAUAUAAAUGUAUAUCUAAUGCUUCCUGCUUUUGUUUUUCUUUCUGUAGUUAACGUUAAAGCCCUGUGGAUGUAAAACGGUGUUUUAUGCAUAAUACAAAUUUUGUAGGAUUUUGUCAGGUCUACUUUUGAUUUACACGUACUUAACAUUUUUAAUAUUUAUAGCAAACUGUAGCCUUCUAACAUUUGUUUAACAAUGUUCAUUAAUGGCUUCAUUACAAAGGGCUAUUUGCACUCAUGUAUAGACAGGUCACUUUUAUUAAGAACAUGCUGGCAGUUUAGUCUGUUACGGAGUUGAAAAAUCAGUAAUGUGAAAGCAGUCAUGCACAGCGUGGCACUGAAUCCUGUAGGAGGUGGUCUGGGUUCAGUUGCUGUGGAAUUGUGCUGUGAUUCCUGUGAAUGCUACUCUGCACUUGUUCAUGAAGUAAAGUAACCAGCAUGUUUUAGCCAAUGACAUUAGUUUCCACAACGCAUGUGUAGCAUGAGGGGCACAGGAGAGCUGAGGAACCUUACUGUGCAUAAUAAUGCCAUCAUAAUAAUAUGCACACAUUUGUGAUGAUCCAAGAUAAAUGCAAAUGGAUCAGGGUUUGAUGGAAUCUGUCUAAUAAAACCUGUGCCAAAAUCAGACCAACACUGCAGGAGCACUGAUUCAGAUCACAGCAAACAUGACUGAUCUAAAGAGUUUAAUUAUUGUGAUUAAGUGAUGACAUGGUGACACAAAUGUUAUCCAAAUGCAAUGACUACUAAAUUUAUUUUUUGAAUAAAAUAAUUCCCUAUUGAUA